UUUUGCUGGGUGGGAACGCGGAGCUCCAGUUUAGGGCUGCGCUCUCCUGCCGGGUUCGAGGCGUUGGGUUUUGGGGGCCGGCAGACGUCCUGACCCUGGAAGUCACGACCUGAGCCACCGUAGGCAGUGGGUACUGCGAGCUAAUAAGAGCCCCAAUGGCACAGUGGGAGCUGCUACAGAGUCUUGACAGCCCAUAUCUGGACCAGUUGCACCAGCUCUAUUCACAAAGCCUUCUGCCCAUGGAUGUUCGACAGUACUUGGCUGCCUGGAUUGAAGACCAGAACUGGAAGGAAGCUGCCCUGGGCAAUGAUCAUUCCAUGGCCAACAUGUUAUUCUUCCACUUCUUGGACCAACUGAACUCUGAAUGUGGCCGCUACAGCCAGGACCCAAAGUGCUUGUUGCUACAGCACAACUUGCGAAAAUUCUACAAGGAUGCUCAGGCCCUUCCCCAAGGUGCUACUCAAUUGGCUGAGAUGAUCUUUAAUCUCCUUCUAGAGGAAAAAAGAAUUCUGAAUCAGGCUCAGAGGGCCCAGGUGAGUCUCUUAUUUCAGGACCAAGGCACACCACAUCUUGAAACACCCUUGGAGAACAAACAGGUUGAGGUCGAAUCCCGAAUCUUGGAUCUAAGAGCUAUGAUGGAGAACCUGGUGAAAUCCAUCACACAACUGAAGGACCUGCAGGAUGUCUUCAGCUUCCGAUUCGUGAUUCUCAGCCAAAAGAAAACAUCUUCGGACCCCCAUCAGAGCAUACAGCAGCAGCUUGUACAGAAUACUGCCAAUGAACUGGACAAAAGGAGAAAGGAGGUACUGGAUACUUGUAAAGCCCUGGUGGGCCGAUUAACUACCCUAGUCGACCUACUGCUGCCAAAGCUGGAUGAAUGGAAAGCCCAACAACAAAAAGCCUGCCUUGGAGCGCCACUAGACCAUGGGUUGGAACAGCUAGAGAAAUGGUUCACAGCUGGAGCAAAGCUAUUGUUUCAUCUGCGGCAGCUCCUGAAGCAGCUGAAGGAAUUGAGCCACAUGGUUGGCUAUAAGGGCGACCCUUUUAAAGAUGGGGUACAUCUACAGAAGGCCCAAGUCACAGAGUUACUACAGCGUCUGCUCCAUAGAGCAUUUGUGGUGGAGGCUCAACCCUACAUGCCUCACACUCUCCAUCGUCCCCUCAUCCUCAAGACAGGGAGCAAGUUCACCGUCCGAACACGACUGCUAGUGAGACUCCAGGAAGGCAAUGAGUCACUGAUGGCAGAAGUCUCCAUUGACAAGAAUCCUCCUCAGUCACAAGGCUUUCGGAAGUUCAACAUUCUGACCUCAAACCAGAAAACUUUGACCCCAGAGAAAGGACAGAAACAGGGCUUAAUUUGGGACUUUGGCUUCUUGACGCUGGUGGAGCAACGUCCAACUGGUCAAGGAAAGGGCAACAAUAAGGGACCCAUGACUGUGACAGAAGAAUUGCACAUCAUCAGCUUCACAGUCAAAUAUACCUACCAGGGCCUGAAGAUGGAGCUGCAAACGGAUACUCUCCCUGUGGUGAUUAUUUCUAACAUGAACCAGCUGUCCAUUGCCUGGGCCUCUAUUCUGUGGUACAAUCUCCUAUGCCCAAAUCAGAACCAGCAGUUCUUCUCCAGUCCCCCACAGGCUCCCUGGAGCCUGCUGGGCCCUGCUCUUAGUUGGCAGUUCUCUUCCUAUAUUGGCCAAGGUCUCAAUGAUGACCAGCUGAGCAUGCUAAAGGACAAACUCUAUGGACCGAACUCUAAGGUGAAGGAUCCACUGUUGUCCUGGACUGAAUUCAGCAAGCGAGAGAGCCCUCCUGGCAAGAUACCAUUCUGGACUUGGCUUGACAAAAUUCUGGAGCUGGUACAUGACCAUCUGAAGGAUCUCUGGAAUGAUGGACGCAUCAUGGGCUUUGUGAGUCGGAGCCAGGAACGCCGGCUGCUGAAGAAGGCCAUCUCGGGGACUUUUCUACUGCGUUUCAGUGAAUCUUCAGAAGGGGGAAUUACCUGCUCCUGGGUGGAACACCAGGAUGGCAAGAUGCCCAUCCGAUCGGUGCAGCCCUUCACCAAGGAGGUGCUGCAGUCGCUCCCGCUGACUGAAAUCAUCCACCACUACCAGCUGCUCACCGAGGAGAACAUCCCUGAGAACCCACUGCGUUUCCUCUAUCCCCAGAUCCCCCGUGAUGAGGCUUUUGGGCGCUACUACCGGGAGAAAAUUAAUUUCGAAGAACAGAGGAAAUACCUGAAACAUAGGCUCAUUGUAGUCUCCAACAGACAGACGGAUGAGCUGCCACAACCCCAGGAACUUGAACUGGACCCAGAACUGGAGGCACUAGAUUUGAAGUCAGAGCUGAUACCAGAGCAAGAUCUAGACCUGGAGUUGGAGCCACUGCUACGGGCAGGGCUCGAUCUGAGCUCAGCGCUGGAGCCCAAGCUAGAGCCUGGGCUGGAGCCCACACUAUGCAUGAUCCCACCAAACAUGCUGGAGCAAGACUUGAAACUUGCAUUACAGCCAGAACCAGAUUUGCCCUGUGAUCUGCAACACUUGGACACUGAAGGAAUGGAAGUGUUUAGAGACUGUAUAAAGAUGGAUGAAAUCAUGCCACAUGGUGACCCACUGCUGAUUGGCCAGAACAUUGUGGAUGAAGCUUACAUCUCCUGCGCCAGCCAUUUUGACACGGAUGGACCUCUGAUUACUUCUGACUUCUAGGAACUAUAUUUCUUCUUUUCUUUCUGUACCUUUGGUCCCUCCCACAUCCUGAUAUUGCUCUCUAAGGAUGGGAAAUCAGGCAUUCUAAGCUGGACUAACUGUGAAGUCAGGAGUGAGAGGCAAAAGAACAGCAUGGAUAUGGAAGGGGCAGCAAAGACUCAAGAUAACUGCAUGUCAUGGUUCUAAAGAGGAUCUUGGAGGCUGCCUGCUGUGCUGGGAGGUACAGGGUCCUAUGGUCAGGUCAGGACAAUUCAAAGCUACUUGGAAUGCGUCGGACUGGGCCCUGUUUCAAGUACAGAAGAAUUUUAGCAUUUUAAAGUAGCUGGUCUUUGGUGGGGAGCAUGGACACUGGCUAGAAUUCCUCUCUCCCUCUCUCUUUCUCACUGUCCUCUAGGUAUUAUAUUCAGGACCUUGCACAUACUAGGCAAGUACUCUCCCACUAAGCUACACACACCACACACCUCUAGCUCUUCACUUCUCUUUCGGUUCCUUCAGGUCCAGAAUAACCUUCUCCUUUCUUCUUCCCUUUAUUCUUCAUUCCAGUC